CGUUGGAUAUAUCAAGCAGGUAUUCCUCUAAAUACUAUUCGCUUGAGAAGUUUUGAAGUGAUGCUAGAAGCUGUGGGGCAAUUUGGCCCUGGUUUGAUACCUCAUUCUUAUCAUGAAGCUCGAGUAACGUACUUGAAAAAAGAAGUACAGUACACAAAAAAUCUUAUGGGCGAUCAUGAGGUAGAAUGGAAGAGAAAUGGUUGUUCGCUGAUGUCAGAUGGGUGGACUGAUAAGAGGGAUAGGACACUAAUCAACUUUUUAGUUCAUUCAUCUGUUGGAACGUUGUUUAUGGAAUUCAUCGAUGCAUCUUCAUGCAUCAAAACUGGAGAAAAGAUUUUUCAACUCUUAGAUGGAAUGGUGGAGAAGAUUGGAGAAGAAAACGUUGUCCAAGUUGUGACGGAUAAUGCCUCAAACUAUGUCCUAGCUGGAAAACUUUUAGAAGCCAAGCGACCUCAUCUAUAUUGGACACCAUGCGCUGCUCAUUGUCUAGAUUUAAUUUUGGAGGAUAUUGGAAAGAUUGAGCAGGUGAAAAGGUGUCUUCGGAAGGCCGUGGCACUUAGUGGUUUUAUUUACAACCACUUGUACGUGCUAAACAUGAUGAGAGAAUUUACUAACCAACAUGAAUUGGUAAGACCAGCAGUGACUCGCUUCGCAACUUCAUUUUUAAUCCUAGCCAGUAUUCACAGAAAUAAAGCCAAUUUGAGGAAGAUGUUUAUUUCUGAGAAAUGGACCACCUCUAAAUGGGCGAAGGACCCAAAUAGGAAGAGAGCAGCUGAAACCGUUAUGAUGCCAUCUUUUUGGAAUUCAGUUGUGUAUACUUUGAAAGCAUCGGGCCCUUUAGUUCGUGUGUUGAGGCUAGUAGAUGGUGAUAAACCGGCUAUGGGUUAUAUUUACGAAGCUAUGGAUAGGGCAAAGGAGGCUAUUAAGAGUGGUUUUAAUGGAAAUGAGGCGAAGUAUAGACCGAUUUGGGAGAUUGUUGAUAAAAGGUGGGAUUGUCAACUUCAUCGGCCUUUACAUGCAGCCGGAUAUUAUUUGAAUCCAUCUCUUUUUUAUGACAACAAAGAGAGAAUAAUGCAAGAUCCUGAGGUCAUGGAUGGUCUGAUCAAAGUUAUAGAACGAUUAAUACCAUCUAUCGAUGAUCAAGUUCAAUGUUCAAUCGAAUUAGAAUUGUACAAUGAAGCAAAAGGCAUGUUUUCGAGUAAUGUAGCAAUAAGGACGAGGGGUGUUAAAACACCAGCUGCAUGGUGGUCUCUUUAUGGUGUUAAUGCUCCGAUUUUACGAAAGUUAGCCAUGAGAGUCCUUAGUCUAACGUGCAGCGCUUCUGGCUGUGAGCGCAAUUGGAGUGUUUUUGAACACGUAAGUGAGAAUAAUUUGGUUUUUCCCUUGUUAGUUGAAGAUUGAAAAAUCCACUUUUGACUCUACAUCGUUAAUAAUUCUGUAGAUU